AUGAGUCAGACACCCAGGGUAACCUUUCGGACACACGAUGCCUCAGUGCAGAGGAAAAGCACCUGCUUCUUUUCAGCCAUUGGGCUGUUCUACCGAGAGCUGGGUGCACAGGUGGUUUCCAGCACCUACUCUCACACAUCAGCCCCUGCCUCAGGCAGAAGCAGCCCUGGACAGGGUGUCAGUGGACACCAGCACCUGCUCGGGCAACAAUGGCGGCUACCUGCGGCGUGUUUGCACUGGGGCCCUAGACAGCAGGCCUCUGGAGCUUUGGCACAGCCCUCGUUGGGCACUUGCCGAGGUGGGGGUGCCUCUGGUGGGUGUGGCAUUGGCAGCAUCAGAAGAUUCAUCUACAAUGAACUACAGCAAGAGAGGAGGGAUGUAGUGGAACGAAUCACCUCUUAUGAAGCCCCUGAUCUCAUCCUAGAGACUCCAAAGACUACUGGGGAGAAAUGUGAAAGAACGGCAUUCUCAAAAGGAAGGAGGAAAACAAUUCUUUCUGCCUGCACUGCCUUUCCUGUCGGUCCUCCAGCGAAUUUCCAUGACGGAAUGGAAAGUAUUUCAAGGACAACUCCGCUAACCACCCACCGACGUGGGCGAAUGCCUCUCUCAGGGCCACCAUGCUUCUGGAUUCCAAAAGAUUCAGGUGGACCUGCACGCAUCCCUCUGCCAUGCACUUCUCCCAGAUCGGUAGCUGUUUACUGUCUGGGACCCCACGAGACUGUGGACACCUCUGUUUCUCAAAGUGUGGACCCCGGACCACCAGCAGCAGCAGCACCUGAGAACGGGUUGGAAAUGCAAAUUCUUGAGCCCCAUCCCAGAUCCAUUAAAUCAGAAACUCAGCAUUCUAUGUGGUCACAAUCCCUUCGGGGGAGUCUCAUAUAUGCAAAGGUUCGAGAACCAUUGAUGAAGGGUAAAGUAACUUAACUUCUCCGAGCCUCAUCUGCAAAUGGUAGUAAUUAUAUCUUCCUCACGUUAAUUGUUGUGAGUAUUUGAUAAGACAGCACAAAGAGUGAAAUAAUGGUGGCUAGGGACAGAUCUAUUGAUACAGAAAUAUAAGUUAUAAUAAAAAGCAUCAGGGCUA